CAUCGCCCUCCCUCCUUCUCCCUUAGUCAUACAGUAAACUCGGUAUAGCCCACAUAGUACCUUCUCAAGGCGCCCGGGUCUUGAGCUGGACACCGUGCCACUCCUUGACCAGGUCCCCCAGCGCGGCGUUGACCAGCCUCUGCUGCUUGAGCAUGUUCAACCCCCUGAACUUCUCAGAAGAAAUGUCGAUGCCGUACAUGGAGCCGCACCCGCCAGAGAUGUCUUGCACCAGGAGCUGGGUCGGCGCAAACUCUGCCACGAGUAUAUCCCACACUUGUGCUUCUCCCUCUGUCAAGUCUUCUGGUCUGGGAAGAGCUGAAGGGGGCUCUGAGGACUGGGAGGCGGAAGCUGCGCUCUCUGACGAGUAGAGCCGUUGUGCAUGGCCUGCGAUUCGUGGGAAUUGGUGUUGGGGGCGAGCGGGGAUAGCGAAGUUGGUAGUGAUUGCUGGUGCGCAGCGGGUGGUGGCGGCAAAAAGGGUUCGCUUCGGGACGGUGGAGGGGAGCCUUUGGGCGAGACGGGCGCGCAGACAGGUACGGCAGAUCAUAAUGGGCAAUCUUUGGGUCUAACGCUGUGAUAUACUGAAUGGCAGCGUAGUAGCGGUUGUGUGGCCGAGACGUGCUUGUAUGGGGGGCUGACUCGGAUCAAAAUGCGUGAAUGCCUUCAAAGAAAAAAUGACAAUGCAGCAGACAGGCCGAGAUGGAAAUUCCAGAAAACCGUUUGGCAAUUCAAUUGCUUGGCUGGGAAAUAAACGGCCUCUGAUUGGAUGCCAACGGUUCGUGAGACCCCACCCCCUCCGCGUCCCCCGCGAUCUCCGGGGCCAGCAACCUGAUGGCCCCCACUUUCAUUCUUGAACCAUCCCGCCAUGUCGAACAACAACCACAAUCUCGAGAAUGAUGUGCCUAAACAAGCAAUCAACGGUCUGCGUGUAUACUCAAUAUACAAGCCGCUUCAGGAUUGUUGUGAUGCUACUUGGGCUUACACCUUCCAAUACAGGCGAGCAAAAGAGACCUCCGACUCCAACUGGCAGGCAUUCUCGUUCCACCGAUGCAGCAUAAGCCACCAGAACGUUGCUCUCUCGAUGUCCGAAGCGGAGGAAACAGGCUAA